CCGCCCUCCGCUUCGCAGCGCGCAGAGGCUGCUGGGAGGCCGGAAGGAGCUGUCCCGGCGCUCCGCUGAGCGGGAAGAAGGCACUUGGAGACUGACAAUGGACAGUAGCCUUUGGUCUUCUCUGUGAUCGUCAUGGCUUGUGUGGCUUGUCCCAGGGUCAGCGACAGCCCUUUCACCUCAGACAAGCAUGCCCAUCUCAUCCUUGCCCAGAUGAACAAAAUGAGAGGUGGGCACAAUUUCUGUGAUGUGCAGCUCCAGGUUGGUGAAGAAGGAUUUAAGGUCCAUCGCCUGGUCUUGGCUGCAAGCAGUCCUUACUUUGCUGCUCUGUUCAUGGGAGGGAUGAAAGAGUCUUCAAAGGAUGUAGUGCGGAUCCUAGGAGUAGAGGCUGGCAUCUUUCAGAUGCUCCUGGAUUUUAUUUACACAGGAGUAGUGAAUGUUGGUGAGAGUAAUGUUCAGGAGCUGAUAGUAGCAGCUGACAUGCUCCAGCUGACUGAAGUUGUGGACCUUUGCUGUGAAUUUCUGAAGGGACAGAUCGACCCCUUGAAUUGCAUUGGACUCUUCCAGUUCUCUGAGCAAAUUGCCUGCCAUGACCUACAGGAGUUCACAGAGAAUUACAUCCAUGCUCACUUUCUGGAAGUUCAGAGUGGCGAGGAGUUCCUGGUGCUAACAAAGGAGCAGCUUAUUAAGAUCUUGCGAAGCGAGGAGCUUACUAUAGAGGAUGAGUACCAAGUUUUCACAGCUGCAAUGCAGUGGAUUUUGAAGGAUCUGGGAAAAAGAAAGAAACAUGUGGUGGAAGUGCUGGAUCCAGUUCGAUUCCCUCUGUUACCAUCCCAGAGACUCUUAAAAUACAUCGAAGGAGUUUCAGAUUUCAGUCUUCGGGUGGCCCUGCAAACCCUGUUGAAAGAAUAUUGUGAAGUCUGUAAAUCUCCCAAAGAGAACAAAGUCAGCAAUUUUCUGCAAACAUCUAAGGCUCGUCCCCGGAGGAAAGCCAGGAAGUAUCUUUAUGCAGUAGGUGGAUAUACUCGACUGCAGGGGGGACGCUGGAGUGACAGCAGAGCCCUCAGUUGUGUGGAGCGUUUUGACACCUUCAGUCACUACUGGACCACUGUGUCUUCACUUCACCAGGCUCGCAGCGGGCUGGGAGUGGCACUGGUGGGAGGAAUGGUUUAUGCUAUUGGAGGAGAAAAGGAUUCAAUGAUCUUUGACUGUACUGAAUGCUACGAUCCUAUUAUUAAGCAGUGGACAACUGUGGCCUCCAUGAACCAUCCUCGGUGUGGACUUGGAGUGUGUGCAUGUUAUGGUGCUAUCUAUGCUUUGGGAGGCUGGGUUGGAGCAGAAAUCGGCAACACAAUUGAAAGAUUUGACCCUGAAUUAAAUAGCUGGGAGCUAGUGGGCAGUAUGGUUGUGCCCCGCUACUAUUUUGGGUGUUGUGAAAUGCAAGGUUUAAUUUAUAUUGUCGGGGGCAUCAGCAAUGAAGGAAUAGAGCUACGUUCUGUUGAAGUCUAUGAUCCAAUAUCCAAACGCUGGUCUACGCUUCCUCCAAUGGGCACCCGAAGGGCGUACCUUGGCGUAGCUGCCCUCAAUGAUUGCAUCUAUUCUGUUGGAGGAUGGAAUGAGACACAAGAUGCACUUCCUACUGUAGAGAGAUAUUCCUUCGAAGAGGAGAAAUGGGUUGAGGUUGCACCGAUGAAGGUACCCAGAGCUGGUGUGUGUGUUGUGGCUGUGAACGGACUUCUUUAUGCCUCGGGAGGCCGAGCUUCUAGUCAUGAUUUCGCUGCCCCAGUGACCUCGGACUCUGUUGAAGUUUAUAACCCUCAUAUGGACACAUGGACUGAAAUAGCAAACAUGAUCACCAGCCGCUGUGAAGGAGGUGUGGCUGUGUUAUGAAACAGAUCUUCAAAGAACUCGAGGAAGACUAGCAGGGGGAAGGAGGAGCAUCUGGCUUUCUACAGACAAUGAGGUGUCGUGCUUCUUUGGCCAGGAUCCUCUUCUACUAUGUGGCUCUUAUGUGGAGUUGGUAGAGGAGCAGAUCUCAGGUAGGUUUGUAGGGCUCUUUCUGAGCAAAAGGGAAUUAAUUUGCCCCUAAAAUGACAACUGGCUAAUCCGGUCUAUUUCAUGAAAUACCAUCUGUUGAGAGCAGAAAUGCCUUUCAUGACUAGAUUAAACUAAUUGAAUGUGAAACAACUGCGGACUCUUUGGAAAAUUGGACCUCAUCUGAGAGAUGACCUUCCUGUGUGCUGGGAUGACUCGAAACUCCUCUUUGUUCCCAGGAUGAAACAAAGUUAGUAUCAUUAGCAGGACUUAAAACCUCGAGGGUGAUUCCUUUACGAAGCUAGGGUUUUAUCUGAAGUAAAGAGCAGCUUGGCUGUUUCCUUAGCAUUAGGAGUUGUCUUUUGCUGGCAGAGAAUGUGCCAGGUGAGGCUGGUGUAAAAAAAAAAAAAAAAAAAAAAAAAAGAUUUAUAGUUGCAGUCUCAUCUCGCUUGAGUUCUCUUUAGCUUCUGGAGAAGCACCCUAGAAAUUAACUGGAGGUGAAUUGUCCUUUGUCCCCCAAUAGGUUUUCUGGAUAAAGGAUCUGGUGGUAAGUGGCCGAGAGUCUUAUUCCACUGCUUCUCUUCCUGUAAAGCUCAACUUAAUUUUGGUGGUUCAUGCUGUUAUAAUACUGGUAUCCUGUUUCCCUGUGGGUGGCAGGUGCUGCUCUCCACCCAAGGGUGGACUUUCCCUUCCCUACUUUUCCAAGAAGUGACACCAGUGACUCAUAAAUGUUUAACCUGUGUGCUGGUCAUAGGAUUUUUACUGAGCUUUUCAGUUGGGAAUGUCAUCACCUCUUACUAUAGUGCCCACUCUUCCUUCUGCCUUCACUGGAAGGGAUUACCCUGUGCACGUGUAUACCCAUAUGGGGACUGUCGGGUAGUGGGAUUAACACCCUUCUGCAAGAUGCUGCUGUUCUUUUCUACUUCCAAAGAUGACACCUCUGGCUUGCACCCUGCCUUUUCCAGGUUGAAGUAGGCAGAAAUUGCAACAGAAAUUGGCUGUGUUCCAUUUCAAAGUGAUGCUACUAUUCAUUUUGCCAUUGUCUUAAAGGUCCUAUAUUUAGCGUGAGAGCGCUUCUUGGGAAAAUAUUUAUUUUUUUAGCAAUUGUGACACCAUUUCCAGAUUUUUAAUCUUCCUGUUUUAAACAAAAAACACACCUGGUACUUGAAGCUUCUGUUUGCACCAUAUUACUGCGUUGUCUUGGCUGGGAUUGAAUAAGUCACCUGGGACUCAGAUACAAGUCACAAAUGAGGCUGUCCAACACAGCACAAUCAGACAAUCUUCUGGAACACAAACCAGCACGGAAAGUGUAAUGCAAUGGGAAGCCUUCAUUGUGUAGACAGAGGGGCACCCACUUUCCAGAUCAAGGACCUUACCUGCACAGUAUGAAGUUGUCUUUGGGGGAAGCUUCCAGUUUGUGUAGUAGCUACUCUAAAAACUGAGAAUUUACAUAUUCAAGGACAAAAAUGUUAAUGGCACCUGCUGACAUUUGCUAUAUAACAAAGUGCUGGCUUCUCUGAUCCUUUAAUUAAACUCCUAUAUGCUUUUGCUUCAGGAAGGACUUCUAAUGGUUGUGAAGCUAGCCCCUAUUUCUCAUACCUUUAGUUUGAGCCAGGUGAGUUUGCUUUUAAAUUGCUGUAUACUUCUCAGAACUAGCUGCAGAUCAUGAGUGUAUAGGUAAGUAAUGGUGGAACUGUGUGGUUUUUACACUGAGUGCUUUUUUUAGUAAUGAUGGCGAGUGGCAUUGCUGUUACCAGUAACAAAAAUGAGUUUGAUUUUCUUGUUGAAACUUUGUUUAACUUCUGACUAACAUUGAGAAAACCCAGGUAAACAUUGACAGGUUGUUUUUAACCUACAACGAAAUGUGUUUCUGAAAUAAAAUAUUUAUUGUAUUUCCUUA